AUUACAUGUUUGCAGGUCCACCCAAAGAUAAAAGUCACGUGGUUACGCCACGUGUAUUCUAAGCAAUAUCCAAAUCGAACGGUGGUAAAAAGAAGACACACCGUAACCAAUAAAAUUCAAUUCUCUAAUCCUUUACGUUCCCGUCACCGCCGGGAUUCUCCGUCGCCGAUCUCAAAAGGAAGUACGAUCAUGGAGGAAGGUUGCAACUGUGUUUACUCAAGGAUGGCCUCAAAAUUCAGCAUUGGUUUAUUGAUUAUUUUGGCGAUCGUUCUUCUAAUGGUUCGUGUACUGUAUGUUAUAUACCGAUGUGGCAAACCACUUCCAAAAGGAGCUUCACAGUCUUUUACUACUCUUAUUGUUCUUGGUUCUGGGGGACACACAGCAGAGAUGUUGAGUCUCCUCUCUGUUUUGCGGAAGGAUAGAUUUACACCAAGGUUUUACAUUGCUGCUGCUACAGAUAACAUGAGUCUCCAGAAAGCUCGUAGUUUUGAAGAUUCUCUAGCUGAGAAGCCUGCUGUUAAGGAAGCAUCAUCACAGUUCAUGCAAAUUUACCGGAGUCGUGAAGUUGGUCAGUCUUAUGUGACUUCUGUUUGGACUACCAUUGUUGCUAUUCUUCACGCUCUGUGGCUAAUGAUCCGGAUCAGACCACAAGUGAUUCUUUGCAAUGGUCCUGGGACCUGUAUUCCUCUGUGUGUGAUCGCCUUUUUAUUCAAGGUAUACACACUUCGGAAAUAUUUUAUCAAGAUUCUUUGCAGUUCUUUCCUCUACAUUUUGGAUGACCUUGAAUGGACUUGUGACCAAAAACAGAGGAUGUGUUUUGUUUAUUCUUAGUCAUGGUUUCUCCAUUACAUCUAGAAUUCCCAUAAGUGCUUGUUUCAUCUUGGGUUACAGGUGCUGGGAAUUAGAUGGUCAUCAAUCUUUUAUGUUGAGAGUGUAGCAAGAGUGAAAAAGCUCUCAUUAAGUGGAUUGUUGCUUUACAAGUUGAGAAUAGCUGAUCAAUUCUUUGUUCAAUGGCCACAACUGCAUAAGAAGUAUCCUCGGGCUCACUAUGUUGGGUGCCUGAUGUAAGCUGAUUGGAACUCUACUUACACCUAGAUAUAUUACAAAAACUUAGAAAGCUACAUAGUGUACACCUUCUCUUUAUAUGCAGGAUUGAGUUUUAAACAAUGAAUUUUUGUAAUCAGCUGUUUUGACUUUGUUAAUGACUUAAUGCUAUUUCAGUGAGCUUAUAAUGUGAUUUUGGUCAUCUUAUUCCAAACUAAACCAGAAUCGUGCACAACAUAUAUUUAAAUAAAAUAUACUUCAUGUUACAAUGAUGCACACAUUUUCAGGCUGUGACUUCACUUGAGUCGCAUCACAAAUCUAUUAUGUUUAUUUUUCAUUGUAGGCUGCCUUCAUACCAAUAAAGAAAAGUAAGUUUACUUGAUCAGCUCGCUUUAGUCUGUAAACUGUGUGUGCCACAAUCUUUGAAGUAACAGCUUAUUUUGAUUGCUCACUUGACCCUUCUGCUUCUGGUCGGUCAGGGGAUUCUGUUGUUGGUAUUUCAUUACUUUUCUUCAAGUUUGUUUCAUCAAGAUAUUGUUGGUAGACA